CCAUAUUGUGUUUUGCGUCGGAGGUAAUAUUGCUGUUCUACCACAUUUUUGCUACAAUCUUCACCGCCCAGUGCCGUCUUGAACCAUUUUAACCAGGAGAGAGAUUUCGGUUUAAUUGUCGUGUGUUGGUAUUUUAUAUUUACACAAUGAAUAAUCUAAAAAUUGCCGUCGUAUGUUCAAGUAACCAAAACCGAAGUAUGGAGGCCCAUGGCCUUCUUAGUAAAAAAGGAUUCAACGUGAAGUCCUUUGGUACAGGUACACACGUGAAGUUACCAGGACCAGCACCAGAUAAACCAAAUGUAUAUGAUUUUCAAACUACUUAUGAACAAAUGUACAAAGAUCUUGAAGACAAAGAUAUCAAUUUAUACACACAGAACGGAAUACUACAUAUGCUAGACAGAAAUCGACGCAUCAAACCAAGACCAGAACGCUUCCAGUCCAGUAAAGACAAAUUUGACAUUGUCAUCACUUGUGAAGAAAGGGUGUACGACCAAGUCGUUGAAGAUUUUGAAUCGAGAGAACAGGAAACUGGCCAAUCAGUACACGUGUUGAACAUUGACAUCCAGGACAAUCACGAAGAGGCUACACUUGGAGCCUUUCAGAUUUUGAACUUUUGCUCAUUGAUCCGUGAGUGCACAGACUUGGAGAAUGAUAUUGACGAACUGCUACAAGAUUUUGAACUCAAAGAAAAUAGAGAUAUUUUACACACAGUUUGUUUUUAUUGAUUUAUACUUUGGGCAAGGGACUUAAUUUUCUGGGUUGUACAAGUAGUAUAUAAUGUAUUUUUGCAAAUACUUGAGUGGUAUUUGGUGUAUGUAAAUAAAAUUCACAUCUCUUCAUUAUAAU